AUGUCUGAGAAGGCUUUGAAAUCAACGAAGGAUGAAAACCCAGAUUUGCAGAAGCAGAUUGGCUGCAUCACUGGUUUUUUUCAGCUCUUUGACCGCCAUCGUUACCUCACAGGCCAACACAAUAGCACCUACGCUUCAGGUGGAAGCAGUAAUGACAUCAAAGAGCUCAAUAGUGCAAUGCACAAAACUAAGGCAAAGAAUCUGAAGAUUGCAACAGAGAAGCAACAAUUCUCUACAGAGUCAUCAAUGACUUCUUUGUCUUCAUCAUCUUGUUCAUCUAGCAUGUCAUCCCUAGAGUUUAACAGAACAAUUCAGACAGAAUCACCAUCAACCAGUAGAAUCAGAAUUCCAGAAAAUCCAAAUUCAGAAGUAGCAAUGAAGCAACUUGAUACCCCAGGCCAGCAAUCCCUCGACAUGUAUGAUAUUGUCAAAGAGUCAAUGCAUAGAGAAGCUCAAGGAAUGUCUGUGAAGACUGUGGCUAAAGAGGAAAAGAAGGGUCAGACUCAUACCUUGAAACACAUCGACUCCCCCCGGCCUUUGCAGUACCACAAAUCUGUCAAUGCAGGAGUUAUGGUUGCCAAUGAACCAUUCCAUGCUCUUGUUAAGUCCAAGAGAACACCUUGGGACUCACCACGACUCUCUUAUGAUGGGAGGGAGAUACAUGAUACCUUUAAAUCUGCCACAAAGCAUAAGGAACUCCCAAGGCUUUCCUUGGACAGCAGACAUGGUUCCAUUAGAGGUUCCAAUGAAGGAAACAAGUCUCGCAACCUGUUAAAGGGUCCACAGAAAGGGUAUGGGAGGAACUCCAGCAUAAUGCUUAACCAGCUGCAAGAACCAGAAACUUCCAAAAGAUCAUCCAGUGUUGUAGCUAAGUUAAUGGGUCUAGAAGCCCUCCCAGACCGCGCACAAACUUGUGGGACUCCAGUGGGGACUUCUAGCUGCUUCAUAAGUGAUGAAUGCAAGCAACACCAAAAUUCUGUAUUGCCUAGGACAUGUCAGGGGUUCACCUUGCCUCAGUCUAGUAGGGCUGAUUCAAUCACAAAUGUAUCACCAUAUACACGAUUUGCACUAGAAUCAACUCCGUUGAGGCAUGAUGAUGCAAGUCAAAGUUCUCAAGUACAAGCUUCCCAGGGAAGUAAAUCUGAUAUAAAAGCCUUAAAGUCCUCUCUUUCUGUAUAUGGGGAAAUUGAGAAAAGGCUGACAGAACUUGAGUUCAAAAAGUCUGGAAAGGAUCUCAGAGCCCUUAAACAGAUUCUUGAAGCAAUGCAGAGAUAUAAAGAUUCAUCAGAUAUUACAAGAGAUCAGGCUUCAAAUUCUCCAUCUAACAAUAAGAAUAAUAGUACUCCCAAUGAAAGCUUCAAAGAACAAAGCCCAAGAAUACGACAAAAGGACCCAGCAUCUGUCCCAGCUGCGGUAUCAAAUUCAACCCGGGAUAGUAAGUUGCCAAUUGUCAUCAUGAAACCAGCAAAAGUUACCAGAAAAGCCAAUAAUCCUUCUUCCAGAGAGUUGUCAAUUCAAUGUAAAUCUAGUCUCAGCAAGUGUUGCCCGAGUGAUCCCACAAAUGGAAGACUGGUUGAGAAACAAAUUGCUAAAGGUAUCAGUUCAACAACAAAAAAUAUCAAGGAUCCUUUUGGUCAACCAGUCCAUUCAGCAGAUAAGAAUAAAAGCAUGAGAACUUCAAAGUUGAUGCAAUCCUCAAAAGUUCUUCAAGACAGCAAUGGAGAAAAUAUUACCAACUCUGGUAAUAUAACAGUGACUGGGAGCCCAAGACUACAAAAGAAAUUUGGUUUGGAAAGGCGUUCUCCACCAACCAGUCCAGCAUCAGAUUCCAGCAUUAACAGAAGACAACUCAAUAGGCAACCUGUGGAAUUGUCUUCUCCAAGUACAACACCCAGACAAAAGCUCUCUACCUUACAGGAGAGAAAUGAACGUUUCAGUGAGAUCAGCUGUCACUGGAAGGAUUUCCAGAAUCAUGUUAAUGUCAUUUCUCCAGAUUUUGACACCAAAAGAAACUCAGCCACUCUUAGUGACAUAGAAGUCAUUCGCGUUGAUCAAUCAAGAAGGAUCAAUAGCACCUCCAUCCAGCUGAGAGGCCCGAAUCAAAAUAAUGCAUUUGAAGAGUUGAGCAAGGAAAGCUCUAAGGCUGAGAAAAUAGUAACUGCUGAACAACCAAGUCCUGUGUCUGUUCUUGAUGCUGCAUUCUAUAGGGAAGACCCACCAUCUCCAAUGAAAAAGAAAUCAGACAUUUCAAAAGAUUUAGAUGAAGCUCUAGGAACUGAUGAUGAAAGUGAGAAGAACUCAGUGGAUCAUCCUCCUUUAUCCAUCACCACAAAAGCUAACUUCAUCAAUAGAUCUAGUGAUAAAGACUUGAACACCCAGAAUUUGGUUCAAAUUCUACAAGAAACUGAUUGGAUUGAUGAGAAAUUCAUCAAUUACAUUGACAGUAAGGAUCCUGACCAUAAAUAUAUAUCAGAAAUACUGCUAGCUUCAGGUUUGCUCAGUGGUCCCAAUUCUAGCCAGAUAUUCCAUUCAGCAGGUCACUUGAUUAAUCCAAAGUUAUUCUUUGCACUUGAACAAAUGAAGACAAACAAGAGGCAUUUUAAUAUUGAAGACGGUGCCAAGAAGAUUCCCAGCAUUAUUAACCCUGAGCAAAUGCAAAGGAAACUCAUAUUUGAUGUCGUUAAUGACAUUUUAGUUCAAAAACUGAUAUUAGAGAGUUGUUCCACUUUAUGGUUCCUACCAAAUGAACUAGCAGGUAGAAAACUAAAAGGGCAGAAGCUUUUGGAUGAGCUAUGCACAGAAAUAGAUCAGUUACAACCUCAAAAUAGGAAUGUCAGCUUAGUUCAUGAGGAUGAGAAUUUGACAAGCCUCUUGUGGGAAGAUUUGAAGCAUCACCACACAAUUUGGACUAACUGCUGCAGUGAGAUACCAAAUACUGUAUUGCAUAUUGAACGGUUGAUCUUUAAAGAUUUGAUAACUGAAGUUGUGAGAGGUGAAGUAGCAAGCCUUCCUGGUAGGCAUUGCAGGCAAUUGAUGUUUCCAAAGUAG